AAGAAGAAUUUGAUGAGCCCCCACAGUGUCAGGCUGGCCAGGACAUUGUGCUGCAGUCACCUGUGGACUGGGUGCUUUUGGAUGGCCGGGAGAGCUCCGAUGACCAUGGAAUUGUGCACUACGAGUGGACGCUGCUGCAGGGCGACUCAGCAGUUGAAAUGCAGGUGCCACAGCCAGGAACACUGAAACUGUCCCACAUUCAGGAAGGAGGGUACAUUUUCCAGCUAACCGUGACAGACACUGCAGGUCAGCGGAGCUCUGACAACGUCUCUGUGACCGUCCUGCCCAUGGUUCAUUCUGCAGCAGCCUGUGUUGGGGUUUGCUCUCGCUACCAGUUCAUCUGUGAUGAUGGCUGCUGCAUUGACAUCACGUUUGCGUGUGAUGGUGUGAGGCAGUGUCCUGAUGGAUCAGACGAGACUUUCUGCCAGAACCUAAGCUCGGGUCGGAAGACGGUGACACAUGCAGCUCUUGGCACCACCCAGCAAAGGACUGCAGGACUGACUGAAAACACAGAGGAAAACUCUGCAGUGAACACCCUGAAAGCCACUGCCAGAAAUCAACCACUUCUCUCAGUGGAUGCAGACAUGUCUAACCAAUCGCUUUCUCAGGGACCAAAGAAACAAAUCAGUGGAUUUGUGCCAGAUAACAGUUCCUCAGGGAAAAGAACAGAUGAUAAAAAUGGGGAUGGCAUAAUGAUGCCAAAGAGAGAUCAGCUUGGAGGCGGUCGCCCAGUCCCAGAAACAGGUGCUGUGUUACCCUUAGCCUUAGGCUUGGCAAUCACUGCUUUGCUGCUGCUUAUGGUUGCUUGCAGACUACGCUUAGUGAAACAGAAGCUCAAAAAAGCCCGACCCAUUACAUCUGAAGAGUCCGAUUACCUCAUCAAUGGGAUGUAUCUCUAAAACCUGGAUUUGGGUCAGUUGUUUUCUCCCCUUUCUUCUGUGUCCAUGAAUCUCUGCCUCUAUAAAAGGACCAAAAUCCUUAGUUUAUUUUCAAGUGUAGAAGAAGCCUAUGAGAUGAAGAACAUACUCUUCCCCUUUGGUGAUAAUAUAAAAAGCGGGUAGAUGACGUUGCUCAGAAAAUAAGAAACGUUCAGGCUCUGGAGAGUAGCUCUAGUUGAUUGAUGUGCAGAAGACAUUGAAAGGUGGGGAGACCCCAGACUGGAUAUGAGGUGCCCAUGCCCUCCCCACAGCAGUUGGGGCCUCAGCCAGGGCUGAGUGCACCCCAGGGCCCGAGCACUGGGGCAGCCAAGGCUCCACAGCCCGGCUGUGUUGGCCAAGGAGUGGGGGGAAGCCUGUGCCAUCCUGCUCUUCUCAGUGCUGCCACCACUGUGGGGACCCGGGUGCUCCAGCCAGCACGAUCCUUCACCGUCCUGCAGAGACCAGUUGUGUUCUUUCUACCUGAUGCACUGGGAGUAUUUUCAUUAAAGAAUGUGUCUUGCUUUGUUAAUUAAAAGCAGUGGCUAUCCAGGCACCAGCUUUUGCAAAGAAAAUUGGGAUUUAAGGAAAAAAGCAUGUUAUUUCCACUCACUUUAAACCUCUGUGCUGCUAGCAGCCAGCCAUGCUUGCUAAAUGCUGAAAUGAAAAAAUGCAGCUCCUCAGCGGAUGAACUUGGACUUCCCAGUGCUCAACAGCAGUCGUGUACUGCUGCCUGAAGAAGCUGUGGGUGCCCCAUUGCUGGCAAUGUUCAAGGCCAGGGUGGAUGGAGACCUGAGCAACCUGGUCUAGUGGAAGGUGUCCCUGCCCUGGCAGGGGGGUUGGAAUUAAAUGAUCUUUAAGGUCCUUUCCAACCCAAACCCCUCUGUGAUUCCAUGUACAAUCCCAGAGCAGUGUCUCUCCCUGGAGCUCAGGGCUUGUUCAGCCUUUUCCACAUGCAGCCCACCACCCUCACACAGUGUGGGAACAGCACACAGCAGUUUCUACCCAAGAUGAUGGAAUGUAGGAUUCCUGCUGGUUAUCCCAUAGCUCCCUGCAAAGCUUGAAAGCUUCGGUGAUCUGCCCUCACCCCAGAAAAAUUCUCAUAGAAUUAGAGCAAGUAAUUGAUAUGUGUGAGUGAACUGCAGAUGUGUUACCAGUAAAAUGUGUACAGUACAUGUUAUAUAUACGUAUAUAUACACACACACUGUGCUGUCUGUCUUGUUUGGCUGUCCCAAGGAUGUCACAUUCCUCAUGGGUCUCAAUAAAACCAGAGUCAAAUGAGGCAUGCAUUGUUUUGAAUGUUGUCUUUUGUACUUCAGUAACUUUGAGUCAGCAAGAAUAUUGCCAUGGCAUACAAAUAGUUCUUCAAGUAAUUUGUUCUUGAUUACUUUAUGUAAAAUAGCUCUAAUAAACCGAUUCUAUUCUUAUA